CGCCCAGCUCCGCAUCCUUCAUUCCCUUCUCCAAACUGUUUUUUUCUUUCUCCUUUGCUUGCUUUCCACGCUUUCCUCCCCCACCUGGCCCCUCCCCAUAAGUUGCCCUUGCCGGUGGGGGGGCUCGCAAUCUAAGGAAGGGACCCAGCAGCCCGGGGAGGAAAGAACUGGUGGGUUUCUUAGUUCAGUUUCCUUCCCUUCCACCCUUCCCUCCCCUCCUGUUGCAAACUGAAAGUGGCGCUGAAGGGUUGACAGGAGCUAAACCGUCUCUUCAAUCCCUGGAUCGACGGAAUUUCUUUUUUUCUUCCUGUUUCUCCCCCCGGAAUGGGAGCGAUGGGUGACCGGGAUGCCAGCAGCCCGAGAAACUUUUACCCUCCCGAUUUGGUCGCUUUGUUCGGACUUUAAAUUCUGCAGCCUCAAAAGUUUCUUGAGUUUUAUUUGCACGCCUGGAUCGGUGUGCAUUGGGGGAGCGAAGGGAGGAAGAAGAAAUUGCUCCAGACAAGAAGCCGAGAUUUUAGAAAAGAGAAAAAAGAAGUUCCAUUGUUCUGGGAUUCUUUUUUUAAAAAGAUUGGCGAGAGAAACUUUUUUUUUUAAUUGAAGCCAGCAAAUGUCAUUUUGUUUUCUUUUUCCUUUUCCUCUGGGCAGGGGAUAAGGAUUGCCCGGCCUGCCAACCCAGGAGGAAGACUGAGCAGUGGUUUUUUGUUUUUGUUUUUUUAAACCCCAAAGCUUUUAAGGGAAAAAAAAGAACUAUCUCGUGGGCUUGAUUUCAACCAGAUGGCAGGCUGGUAAAAAAGAAAAAAGAAACUGAAAGAAGAAAAGAAGGAAAGAAGGAAGGAAGGAAGGAAGGAAGGAAGGAAGGAAGGAAGGAGAGAAAAAACCCCACCGAGUUUCCAAGAUGGGCACUGCCAUUUGUACCCGAAGGCAGAAGGGUCUUUUGCAAACUGGGUUUUGUGUCUUGGCACUUGCCUGCCUGGGCUCUGGAGUUCUCCUCUACAACCAUCUCCAGCAGAAGGUGAAAGCUGCUGAAGGAUCAGCCUUCAAAUUCAAACAGCAGCAGGAAGCCCUGUCUGCCCAGCUGCAAGUUGUUUACGAACACAGAUCCCGGCUGGAACGAUCCUUGCAGAAAGAACGCAGCGAACACAAGAAAACAAAAGAAGAUUUUUUAGUGUACAAACUGGAGGCGCAGGAGGCACUCAAUAAAGAAAAGCAAGAUUCUAUGAACAGAUAUGGCUCCUUAAGUUCACAGCACAAGAUACUGAAGAACCAGCACGAAGAAGUCAAGAAGCAGUUUCUGGACCUGCAGCUGCAACACAAUGGGCUGAAGCUGGAGCAUCGCAAGGCGGCGGAAACCCACAACCAGAAAUACUCCCAGCUGCAACGGCAGAAGGACAACGAGGUGGUGGGAUUACAAGAUACCGUUUUUAAACUAAGGGAGGAAAGCAAGCUACUUCGGAAAGCGCACCAGGAUGUUCACUCGCAGCUCCUCAAUGCUCAGGUUCAGAUGGAAGAGUUCCGGAAGCUCAAGGAAACCCUUCAGAAGAUGCCGAGUUUUAAGGAUGCAGGAACAGCCAAAGAGCAGCGUUACGGUCAGCCACUGGGGUCGAGCGUGUUGCAGCUUGCUAGACCACAGGCUUCCAAGGACGAUGGUGUUAAAGCACCUCCGAGACCCCAGGACCAACCUGCUGCUCCUGCUGGGAAUUCUUUCGCCAUUCCACCCCCUGGGAUCAAACAUCAAGAGAACGUGAUGCAUGAAAACCGUAUUUCACACAACAACAACGGAGCUGGAGCCCAAGGGGAUGUGCCGUUUGGUCAACUGGCCCCACCAAAGGAGGUUCAUUUGGCCUUUGCAGCCCGGCACAAAGAUGCACCCAUGAUCCGUUACACACGGAUGAUGAAUAGCGUGCAAAACCAGGAUCCAGAAGCAGGACAGAACAUGCAGGGGCAACAGGGCCACCCGGAAGCAUUUGAACCCAGGCUCAAACUGCCAGCUGCUUUGGAAGGAGGACAGGAUUUGGAAGAAAAGCUCUCCAACAAGCAGGACCAACGGGUGCAGAGCUGGCAAGAGAUGGUCAACAAAGGCAGCUUGCAGAUGAAUGAUGGGAGAGCUCUUCCUUACCUGCAGAGGUAUCACCUGGAUACCGUACCUGAGCAAGGCAAGACAGGUGGCAGUCGAGCACAGAUGGAAACAGGGCGGCUGCAACACCCCCUCUGGGGAGCUGACAAAGGAGGAACAGAUGACAGGGACCUGCACGCAGAUGCUGGCAUGACGAAGAAAGAAAACCACACAUACCUACAGAAGGAACCAAUUAUCCAGAAACAGAUGGGACCAAGAGAUGUUCCUGAUCCAGCUCAGGAUCCCAACAAUCAAGGGGAAGACGAGUUUGAGGAAGCAGAACUGGAACGACCCAGCUUUGAAGAAAAAAUAGAUCCGGCCAAACACACCCACCAGACAAAUCGGCCGGCUAUUGCUGUGACCAAGGAAAAAAUACCAAAGGGAGCUGAUCGAUCAAAUAAAGUCACUGACAAUUUAAUGGACGAUUAUCAGGAGGAUCAAGAACAGGAUCCUGAGGACCAUGGAGGUGAGGUGGGUGACCCUGAAGAUUUGGAACAGUUCCACCAAGCCAAAGGUCACGCUGGAGAUGCUGACAGGAAGGAGGACUACUUUUGAUGAUGGGCUGGGAGGCAGCACCGAGCCCCCAAGGUUGAUCCAAACCAAAGAUUGUUGCAAUAAACCUGGCUGUUUAGUUGAAACUGCCAAGAGAGGUGAAGAGUUAUAGCUCCAUCCGUCUUCAGAAGGUCAUGGGCUGCCUUGACCAAUGGAGAUACUCCUAUUUCUCCACAUCCUAUAGGCCAGGGCAGGACUGACACGCAGUGCCAACCUGUCAAAAUGCUACAGUGAAUAUGAACACCAGAAUGUCUCUUCGUGCGGGUAAGGAGCUCAAAAUAUCAAAAAUUGAAGGGUUUUUUUUUUCCUUUGGAAGACUCCUACUCUCUUACUCUCAUUUGGACUACGGGCAAAGCCUGAUAUAACACAGAAAUGCUGUUAGUCAAGAAACUGUUGCUUCCUUUGGCUCUGUUUCAGAUUUACCUGGCCGCCACUCAGUGCAACUUCGUCACCUUUAUAUGUAUGUACAUAUAUAAAAAGAGAAU